CGGACCCUCGGUGUCUGGACACUUCCUCGGGCUCGGUCGCAGCCGGAUCCUCGAGCUCCGCUUCUUCUUCUUCUUCUUCUUUGUGUUUCUCGGAACCGAACAUUUGCACCGAAAGUGUCAAAACCAAACUUCCUCGCUCCUCUUCCAGCCUCGACCGCCAUGAACGGGAAGUCUUCUCACGGGGCCGCGGGGGGGAUGGCCUGCAUCGACGGGCUGCCGCCGCUGCCCAAGAGCCUGAGCGGCUUGCUGAACUCGAGCGGCGGCUCCUGGAGGGACAUGGAGCGCAUGUACGUGAAGAAGACGAUGAUCCAGGACGACCUGAGCCGGGGCCGGAACCACGGGGGGGAGAGCCUGCUGGCCCACAAGCCGCAGAACCUGGACGCGGCGCUGGCGCUGCUGCGGAAGGAGAUGGUGGGUCUGCGGCAGCAGGACAUGUCCCUGCUGUGCCAGCUGUGGUCGCUCCACGAGUCCAUCCAGGAGUACAAGGGCAGCUGCCAGGACCUGAGCGCCGCCUCCAGCCUCAGCCUGAUGGAGAACGGCUACUUCGACGAGGACGACGAGUAUUACCCGGAGACCGGCGCCACCCCCACCGGGGAGCAGCCGGACGGGGAGGUCGGAGACGCCACAGCGGCUAAGAACGGGAGCGGCAUCGGCAAAGACGACAGCUGGGACUCUUUUCACGUCACCAUCUGAGGCCUGGUUCUCAGCAUCUCUCUGCAGAUGGAAAGACACUUCGGGGGGACUGAGUAAAGCUGGAGGAUAAGUGGAGCGGCUUUAAGAAAAGCUUUUGGCCUUGGAGAAGGGAGCGGCUGGUCAGAGAUGUGGUGUCUCUUCACCGUAGCAGACUGUAAAUACAAAGCACCAGCUCCAGUGUGAUGGUUCUGCUCCUCCGGGGAAACGUUCACCUGCGGCCCGGGUCCUGACCUCUGAACAACCCUCAGGAGUUGAGAUGGAUGUUUUCAAAGAUUCUGCAUACUCAAAAUUAGGCAAAAAAUAUAUAUACGACGUAUUCCAUUUUAUAAUCGGCUCUGCUGCUGCUUCUGUAUCCACUAGCCAGGCUCCUUUUUGGCAGAACAUUUUUUUUUUACAUAACCAAGAUAUAUGAACAAAGUUUUAUUAUUUAUUAUAUAAUAUAAAUAGCUCGCAACAGAAAGUUUGUACUUCAGCUCUACCCGGGAUCAAGGGAACAGCAUCUACCUGUUGGACUUGGGGUGAAUAAAGAGGAUUGGAUAUCUGAGCUCUAGCGAUCGACUUGUUGACCUGUUGAUGGAGACUGUGGAGGAGGGGGGGGCGUUGAAUCCAUCAGGGCAGAAGUGGAGAAUGAUAUGGAGAUCUGCAGGGGGGGGUCCUCACUUUCUUUGCCUUUCAGUUGGAGCAGACGUUUGCUCUGAAAAUGUGAAACGUUCAAAAUGCUGGAAACCGUUUUAAACUCUUUGCAUCGGUGGAUACACGCGGCCGCCCAGUGGACCAGGCAAUGAGUCAUGGAUAUUACAAACUGCCUUGUUUACUUUCAUAGUUAUGACCUUUUGUUUCUGUCAAUAAUAACAUUGUACUCAUCAAGAUCUGGGAAGUUGGCAACUAUUUUGAGUGCAAUAUUAUCAAUAAUCGGUAGAAAUAGCAGCCAAAACUAUGAAAAUAAAACCCAAUUGUGAAAAACUGUAAUUAUUCUUCAACACAGCCAGUUAGGAAGUGAUAACCAGUAACAAUCAGGAAAAAAACAACACAAAAGGAGCAAUUUUCUACACAACUUUGAGGCUUUUAUUAAUAUAGUCUAUCUAAAUGACUGGCUGUGAUCCACUCUCUCGUAGCUUGCACUUGAUCGUUGGAACAGACUCACUGAGGAGAUUCACAAGUGCAUCAGUGACUUUGAAAAGUUGUGUUUCGGUCGGAUUGUGAGGACGCUGCUGUCGUCCAUGUCACAGAGUGAACACAAAGCUGUAGCUCUAAACCUGGUCGCAGAUAUCAGAUCAAUACAGGGUGCUUUUAUAAAACUGUGUUUCCUACAAGAUCCUGAACAUUCUCACCGUAGCAUCACAUGCAGGCUGAACGUCAUUUAAAAUUCAUCAGGGCGAUUUUCUUACAUCUACUUUUUCCAUUUCUACUCAUUUCUUUUCUCUAACAAGAUUGUAGCAGGGAGAGUUUGUUGUGUUUAGUGGAAACCAGUGAACAUCUGGACAGUUCCAGUGUCGUCCUCACGGAUCUCCUCGUACAGUCUGAGGAGUGUUUCCAUUACAAACACAGCCUUACUUUAAACUCUAUCUUCUGUGUUUCUGCUGUCGUCCUGAGUCAUGUAUCUCACGACAGGAUGUGUGUGUGUGUGCAUAUAUUCUUCACUUCUAAUCGUCACGUGAUUGCUCUGUCCGGUCGUCCUUCACGUCUAAACUCUCGGUCUCGAUCUGUAGCACGUUACCGUCACAGCUCCGGUGAGCAGCAGCCUGAUUUCAUUCACGUGUUGAUGUUGUGUCUGUAAAGAUCAGAGACUUUAGAAAGAUGGACGACACGUCUCCACUUCUUCCUGUUGUACAAAAGUGAAGCCAAAACAUCCAGGAUACGAGUGACGCCAUCUUGCUCUGUGAUGUGAAGCUGCACAGUCGUGUUUAUAACCUCAAAUAACUAAAUAAAACCAAACUUAUCAGAAAUAUAAACACUUGGACAAACAUCAAUGUGAUGAAAUGACAGAAACCUUCUUAUUAAAUGUUUAUUUCGACCCUUUUAAUUUAGUUCCAAGCCCCUUAGCUAACAUGGAGGAGGCAGGGUUUAUAACCCAUACUGCAUCCAGCCAGCAGGGGGCGAUCAAGAUGAUUUGGCUCCACUUUCAGGGAGCUGUCAUGUCGUCCAUCUUUAUACACAGUCUACGAUAUUGAUCACAUGACCUCACGUUUCACAAACCAAAGAAGUUGCAGAACUCAAAAUGAAAUGUAUUCGGUUCAAGUUGCUGAAGAGGAAAACGUUAGAUUUUACUUUGAAGAUUCAGUUCAACAUGAUCCCUGACGUGUUGAAUGUCUCCACGCGUCAUGUGACAGCUGAUGAAUGGAGCUCGACACACGGUGUCAUGGACACACUAAUGUUUUGAUUUGUAGCGACGUGGUUUAUUGUGACGUUGAUUUCACCGACUGACGUAUGAAAGUCUCGAAGAUUCAUUUGAACACAGUCGCAGCUUAAAGAGCUCAAAGCUUCAUGUGUGGAAACGUUUGUUGAUAAAGGAAAAGUUUGACGUUUGUGGGAAAUGCACAUAUUUGUAUGUGAUCAUUAAUACCCGGUCAUGUUUGUACUGUGGCUCGUUAGCUUAGCUUAGCAUAAUGAGCGUUUACAAGGGGAAGCAGCUCACCUCUGAUCGGAAGAAAGAAAAUCCACCCGCACGACUAAAGCUCCUCAAUUAACAGCUCAGUGUUUAAAUCUGUACACAAACCGAAGUUCUAACACAACUCGUGUGAAGCACAAGUACACAAGUGAGCAUGUUUCACAAACUGACAAAUUGUUCCUUUACCAAGUUGAAUCAUUUCCAUCGAUUUGUCUCAAUGAGGCUUUUUCUGCUUCUCACUUAUUUACUCACUUUUAAUCUGAAACCUUCCCCGUUCAUAAGAAUCUUAAUGGCUGCAAAUGUCUUAAUGCAAAAACAUAGAGAACAAUGGUUUCAUUAUAUAAUCAUCUCAAUUGAAUGUUUGUGUUACUUCUAAUGGAGAUUUUCUUUCCACUGUUUAUCACAUGUUACUUUUUGUCUGGAUCUGAGUGAUGCUGAUAUUUUACAGUCACAUUUGGGUCGUUUCAUAAAACGUUGUUCUGUUGUUAAAGCUCACAAACGAUUUGACUGAUGGGAAAUCCAGACCCAGGCCUGUGAUUGGAUGUCUACACAUUUAGUGCCUUUUAGAAAUCUUCAGGUCUCAGACUGAUUAAAAAGUGAAGAGCAAGGCUGGGAGGGAAAAUGUUCUGUCAUUUUCUAAAGUAGCAAUAAGACGAAAGUUCAGUAUAAAUAAAAAAAAGGGUUAUUUGUGCAUCGUGCAAAGAAAUUGUAAA